AGCAACAGUUGCCCCGGUGAGGACGAGGCGCCAUAGCCACGGUAGCCCUGGCGACAAGAACCCAGCAACGAGAAUCAACAACAACAGCCCGAAUCCUUGAAAAAAAUAAAAAGCAAAAUUACCGGUGGGAAAUUCACGCCGAUUCAGAGUAGUGGAUCCCAGAGUAAGUGAUGGCCACAUCAGGCUACGUGGGGGAGUUGCAGCCAACCAGCCAGCCUCAAGGGACAGGUGUAAGUGUGACAACGGGACAGACAUCCACCUCAGACCCCUCCUCACCGCAGUUCCUGGCUGAGAUUCAGACCACAGUGACUACCCUGCCUACAACAGCACCUGCAGGACAAACCACUCCCCCUGACCAGGCCCCUCCCACACCCUCUCAGAACACCACUCCGCCCGCUCAGACUCAGUAUGUGACUGCGGAAAUCCAGAGUUCCCCCACGCAGUCUGGGAAUGCCCAGAGCACACCUCAGUACAUUGUUGUCACAGUCACAGAGGGGUCUCUCCACUCCAGUGACUCAGUGUCCGACUCCAGCCCCCCCCCAGCCGUGGUGCAGACUGGGGUUCCCACCCAGGUUGUGCAGCAGGUUCAGACAGCCCAACAGCAGAGGUCAGUGGUACAGGCCACCUCUCAGAUAGCCAAGACUGAACCUGGCACCCAGCUCAAUGUCACCAACCUGCAGCCUGUCCACCUGACCCAGGAGGUGCAGCAGCAGUUGCAGCAGGUUCCAGUACAGCAUGUGUACACCAACCAGGUUCAAUAUGUGGAAGGAGGAGACACCAGCUACACCACCAGUACCAUUCGUUCCGGAAGCUUCUCCUACACAGACACCCCUUUGUACACCCAGACCACUGCUGCCCCCUACUACGAAGCCCCUCCCUCCUCCGGGUCACCGGCCACCACCCCAGGGACCCCAUUGACUGUGUCCGUGACAACGGGCUCAGCGGGUGUGUCCAUGUUCGUGGCAGGGACGGGCCAGAUCGUGGCUAACCCUGCCACCACCGCCGGGGGAGGGGCCACGGUGGUGACCACUGGAGGCACGGCCAACGGGUCCGGGGAAGGGGCAGGGGCCAACGGUGGCGGGGGCAGCUAUGUGAUCCAGGGGGGGUACAUGCUGGGGGGAGGCGGUGGGGGCAGCAACAGUCAGAGCUACUCACACAAUGCCCGUGCGUCUCCUGCCACUGUGAGUAUUACAGAGGGAGAGGAGAGUAGCGUGCCGUCGGCAGACAAAAAGUCCUCCUGUGUCUCUCUGCCUCCUGGCCAGGUACAGUGGUUACUGGAUAACUACGAGACAGCAGAAGGAGUCAGUCUGCCUCGCUCCACCCUCUACUGCCACUACCUGCUGCACUGCCAGGAGCAGAAACUGGAGCCGGUCAACGCCGCCUCGUUCGGCAAACUCAUCCGCUCGGUCUUCAUGGGGCUGCGGACGCGCCGCCUGGGAACGCGGGGUAAUUCUAAGUACCACUACUACGGCCUGAGGAUCAAGGCCAGCUCGUCUCUCAUCAGACUGAUGGAGGACCAGCAGCACCUGGCCAUGAGGCAGCAGCCUUUCUCCCAGAAACAGAGGUUGAAGCCGGUGCAGAAGGUGGAGGGAAUGACCAAUGGCACGGCAGCAGGCUCAGGCCAGCAGCAGCAGGGGGCGGGGCUCUCUGACAUCAGCGCCCAAGUGCAGCAGUACCAGCAGUUCCUGGACGCAUCGCGAGCGCUCCCAGAGUUCCCGGACAUCGAUCUGCAGGGGAAAGCCCUGCCGGAGGACAUAGAGCCAGAGCACAUCAAAGGCUUCCAGCUGCUCUAUCGGGAACACUGUGAGGCCAUCCUGGAUGUGAUGAUCAAUCUGCAGUUCACCCUUGUGGAGACCCUGUGGAAGACCUUCUGGAGGUUCAGCCAGAACCAGGCUGGAGACUCAGGCACCCUUGCCGUGCAUGACGAGUCAGAGAAGCGUCUGCCCAAGUCCUGCCUGGUGAUCCUGUGUAAGUAUGACCCGGUGCUGCGCUGGAGCCGUGACUGUGACAACACGCUGUACCAAGCCCUGGUGGAGAUCCUCAUCCCUGACGUGCUGCGCCCCAUCCCCAGUGCCUUAACCCAAGCAAUCCGCAACUUUGCCAAGAGUCUGGAGAGCUGGCUGACCAAUGCUAUGAUGAACAUCCCAGAGGAGAUGGUCCGCAUCAAGGUGACCUCUGCCAGUGCGUUCGCCCAGACCCUGCGGAGGUACACCUCCCUCAACCACCUGGCCCAGGCGGCCCGCGCCGUUCUCCAGAACACCGCCCAGAUCAACCAGAUGCUCAGCGACCUCAACCGCGUGGACUUUGCCAAUGUGCAGGAACAGGCGUCAUGGGUGUGCAGGUGUGAGGACCGCGUGGUGCAGCGGUUGGAGCAGGACUUCAAGCUGACCCUGCAGCAGCAGAACUCCCUGGAGCAGUGGGCUGCCUGGCUGGACGGUGUGGUCUCCCAGGUCCUAAAGCCCUACCAGCACAGCGCCGCCUUCCCCAAGGCCGCCAAACUCUUUCUGCUGAAGUGGUCCUUCUACAGCUCCAUGGUGAUCAGAGACCUGACCCUGCGUAGUGCUGCCAGCUUCGGCUCCUUUCACCUGAUCCGGCUGCUCUACGACGAGUACAUGUACUACCUGAUAGAGCACAGGGUGGCCCAGGCCAAGGGAGAGACGCCCAUCGCUGUCAUGGGAGAGUUUGCCAGUCUGGGCAGGAGUUUGAACCCCUUGGAUCCUGACAAAGAAGAGGAAGAGGAGGAGGAAGAGGAGAGCGACGAUGAGAGCCAGGAGCUGUCUCUCCCCUCUGACGGGGCGGGGCUGGGGGAGGAGUCACUGGAGCCCCCAGCCAAGCUGGCCAGAACCGACCAGAGAGUGCUCUUCUCCACAGGCUCGACAGACUGAGCGCACACACACACACACCCUGUCUUUCUCUCUUUGAUGAACUCUAACCACUCACUUUAUGUACAGUCAUACACAAACAUCAGCAGACUGAUAAGACACUAAUUUGUACAUAAACACUCACAUGCAGAUGCUAUGUACACACACAAACGCACUCAGAGAGAAAAGUGCUGCGGUCACCUUAAAAGCAAAAAUGGGCCCUGCCAGUGUACUCGUACACGCACACACACACACACUCAUACAGACACACGAGCCAGUCCCACAACUGCCCACUGUCACUGCUUAAAGCACAGACUCACAGGCAUAAUUGGGCGCACAAUCACUGGCAUAGUUGUCAUUGGGAACAGGGUGCUCCUCCAACAAAGAUGGAAACUUAGAACCUGUCAGAACGAGGAAGUGAAGAAAAACGUAUAUCACCUGGUGUCUCCUUGUGUGUGGAGUAAGAUAAGCAGGGUGACUCUACCAGAAUGAAUAGCAGGGGUCUGUUCCUCUGUAAGGUAUGGCGGACUGUCAGAGCAGCAUUCUGGACAGGACACUUAACCUUUGCUCCCCUUCGAUAGCUGCUCCUGCUGUCACCAAGUGUCCCAGGAAAUGUGGACGUUGUGGGAGAUGCUGAGGGAGGUAUUGAGGCGUUUAAAGUAAACGGCCGCUCUUAAGUGGCCCACCUCGCUGUCGCUCCUAUGUCAAUCAACCUCCCCCCCCCCCCGAGCCAAUCAGAAGAAGAUGGGCCUGCAGGUGUCAGCAGACUGUAAUUGAGUCGCUAGUGUGUGUAAUUUGUAAUGUGUUGCUUGUGUGUGCACUGGGGUCUCGCUGCUGUGCCGUACUUCUAGUUUGAGUGAACGUAUGGUUUUUGUGCUGUUGGUGUGUCUGGUUGUAUGACUGCGUUAGUUUGUGCUUCAAACGAUGUGCUGACUGUUUCUUUGGUGGAUAUUUUCAAAGGCAUUCUGCUGUAUAUCAGUUUGGGAGAGUAUUCUUUUAGAGUUUCUUGUGAAACAUGGUUGAUUUAGUUUUGCCUUUGUUUUCUUUUGACGAGUGACUGGGGUCUAAAGGUUCCCGUCCUAUCCAUUCACCUCACAUGAACCAUCCUUUAAAAGGUGUUUUCAUCAACCCCUGGAGCCAUGAAAAAGUUCUCCUGAUUUUCUAAACUGCACGAAACCCUUCACAACAAGUUAAGGGAAGCUCUUCAAAAACGACUUUGUUCAUUAUGUGUGUUCCAUCUGUUGCCUUUCUUUAUCCAGAUACAUCCAUUGGAUUGUUUUUCUGUGUUUUUCCCCCCUCAUUUCUGUGCCAAAUCUGUUUCAUUCAGUAUGUCUGCCUUUUUGUCUUUCUCAUUUGUCUGUGUUGGUGAGGAGGACUGUUCUUGACAGAGUUCUAUCAAAAUAUAUCCAAUCCUUCUCAUUCUGUUGUGUCACUAAGUGAAUCUUUGUAUGGUGAUGUGGUAUCACACACUGCAACUAUCCUUUUGUGUGUAUUUAUUGAAUGUUUAUUGAGUGUGAGCCCUACGUUCGAUUUCAGUCCUAAUACAGUCAAUCUACACAUACAUCCAGUACACAGGCUAUAGAACUGCUGCUGCUCUGCACAGUCAAUGAUAGCCAGAUGAGAUUAUCUGUCACAGGGUGACUCUUUUUUCAACCUCCAAAAUUCCCUGUGGUACAGUGGGGCACCUGUGUGAGAUGAUGGUGUUUAUGGCCACAGGUGUCAGAUUGCAUGUGAAAGUCCCUGUGUGCCCGUGCCAGUAAGCUGCAGUCAAAGGGGCUUGGUGUGAUUCUGAGAUUGCUGCUCUUUCUGUACAGUCCUCCACCCACUUCAUCCUUUGUGUCUUUGAACCGUACAUGCCCCUCCUGCCAAUGUGUUUUUUUUCUGUUUCUUCCAACAGUCAUAUUCAUAAAACAUUGCCCUACCGCCAUUUGCCAUUCAAAAUCAUACUAUAUUUAUAUUUACAGAUUUGAUUUCCUAUUUGUGGCUGCGAUGCUACAAUCUCCACGAUGGAGUUUCAUUGUGAGGUAUCAACCAGCAUGUUUUUGACCUCUGAGGAGAUUACUGGUACUAUCGCUGAUGUGACAUAUCACUCAAAAGACGAUCUCUGAAUAUGGCCAUGUUUUUCCAGACUAAAAUGUGUUAUCAUUUUUAUAUCGUUUAUUUAUGUAGAAAAACCAGUGAAAGUGGCAGUGUUUCAUGAAUUUGAUCAGUUACAAGAAUGACUGUGCCUUUGGAGGUUGUAGAAUGCGAUUCAGAUGUUUUUAAUUUGAAAAUAUAUAAAUUAAGAGUUUUUAAAAUUGCUACGGUCUCAAUUGUUUUAUUUUCACAAAGACAAGCCGGAAGAGUGCUUCUGUUACACACGCAUUCUCCUGGCACAAACAGCAGGCGGUCACAUUUCACACCUACGUACACAAAGCCGCAUCCUGCCAUGUUGCAACACACAUGACGAGUCAGCAACACUCUUUGAUCUAUUACAGAACUCUACCUUCUACUUCUCCUAUGCAAAAAAGGGCCAACCUGUCUCGGGUACUUUUCAACAUUUCAUUUAAAUGUAUCCAUUUGGUAGAGCAGCUGGAGAGUCCAGUAGUCUAGACUCGAGGCCUGGACUAGAAAUCUCAUUUUAUCACUCCUCAAUAACCCAAAGGGAUCGAGCUUUCUAAAUAUCACCCCAUGCAUGUGUUAAUCAAUCAGCCCUGAAUCCUUGCCUGCAGCGACUUCUAGUGGAGUAAUUAGGACAGGCAGAUCAUUCCACAGGAAUCAGUUGAGGGUUCAAUACAAGAGCCCUGCUCAAGGGUUACAGUGACGACCACGGUGAGUCCCGCGCACACAUUAGCACAUGCAGCAGUAACAAAACAAUCGGACACAAGUUUCAAAAUACGUUGACGUUUGCCCUUUUAAUUCAACAGAAUAUUGCUGCUGCUGGUGGUCAUUUGUUAACAAUAUUCACACUGUGCUGCCAAAUACAGGCUCGUCAGUGCCCAAGCUGCCAUUCGUUCUCAGCGGUAUUAAUACAAGUCCGACAAAAUAAACACCAAUACUUUACUAUCCUAUGAAGAGAUACAUUAAAACAUGACUCCAAUCUUAGCCAGUUUCAGUGCAGCCAUUUGUCACAUGAGCAGGCUAUGUGAAUCAAAAAGUGAUCUAAAUGACAAAAAGGGGAGGUAAUGACGUCAUUUAUUGUGAAGUUUUUAAAAACGAGCCAUAAAAAAUAAAAGCCAAGCAUUCAAUAAAAUGGGGUUGCAGGCCUAGGAGAAACAUGACACCAUCACUCAUAUGAUCGACAGCUGUCAAGAUAAACGAGCAUUCCCAAGAGCUGGCUUCCCAUUGUAGAUAUACCCGUGGCUAUUGACUAACUUUUCACAAUCAAUAAAGACAUCUCCUGUGCCAUCACAAACACUCACACAUGCAUGUAGCAACAUGUUCUUCACAUUCAGACACUGUACACAGUCGGCCAAACACAUAUACAAAGGGAGACGAUCAACAAUUACAAUUAGGAAAAUUUCAAUUAGACUCCGGUCAGAACAGAUUGAGGCCAAGCCAUCUGGGCUAUGGGAAUGUUCUAAAUCAAAACAGAAAAAGUUGAGAAGCAUAUUCAUAAUGAAGCCAUUUAAAAAAUGGGAUCUUACCAUCCACUAAUUUAUACAAGAAACGCUAUUGAUGGUAAAUGAACAUGAAUUGCUAUAAAUGCAGUAAUAGGAUUAGAAGUCGUUUUACUAGAAGAUCUUGUGGUGAACACUUGGGACAGUGGAGUGGUGGUUUAAUGAGAGAAUCUGAUCAGCAGUUUCCAGGGUCAAUGUUCUUGAUUGGCAGAUGGACAGAAGGAAGGAAAGGCUUUGGAAGGGGAGGAGUGGAAGAAAAAGGGGCUCAACCCUGCAGUCCAUUCCACCAAACAGCAAAGUGUGGGAAAGGUCUUUGUUCUUUUCACAUUUUUUUUAAAUUUGUAUUUAAAAAGGAGGUGGGUGAUGGUCACGGGGAUUGCAGUUGUAGCACGGCGUCCCUCAUGGAAAAACUCAUUAUUUUAAAACAAAGACAAAAAAGAAACUUCAAAA